AGUUGGUAAUUGUGUUCAGCAUUCGGGAUGUAGUGUUACCUUCUUCGUUGUAUCUGCCAGAUUUUUCCAUGUAGGCUAACCAUACUGUUCGGGUACCCCGAUCAUUCUUCAUUACAUUUUGGUGUAUCCCGUUCGGGGAAGCGCCUCUAGCCUUUUUCUUUUUCAAUCGUAGAGGUUCGUGAACUUUGUUGAUUUCAACCCCGUUCGGGUGUUCACCCACCCCAAAGGAUGCUUUAACUUCUCUCAGCCGCCUUGACACGUGUCUAUUAUUCAUUCGAAUUCCUGGCGGUUGUAUUUCCUUAUAUAAGGAUGCAGCUACUUUGUUUCAGUUUUUUCUGCUGCUUCUGAAUUCUUUCAAGCUUUCUCUCUCUAGAAUUUUCUCCGUUUAUUCACAAUUAAUGUCUGCCUUUUCUGGUUCGUCAGACUCCGAAGAUAUGGCACCCACUUUGAUUCGCCUUUCCAGGGGAAAAGCUCACCCCAAGGAUCAAGGCACAUCUACCUGAUCGUUGGGUUCUAACGGGUCUUCUGCCUCACUUCAUCCCGAACAGCCCCUCCCUGAUGAUGGAUGUCAGUCGGGAGAUGACUUAGCCAUCUACAAUAAGGGCAUGCCUGAACGGCCCCCCCGUUAUAGUCUGAACUUCCAUUGCAUCAGGAAGCAACGUCAACGCCUUCCUGCUGAUGCAGAACAGAUGCUCCGCCAAUUACUACCUCCACCCCGUCAGUUCAAUGCGGGGUUCAUCAAACAUCCCAUGCGACACCGUCCGGGAUGUGUGGUUGUGCACAUGGAUGCCUUGAUUGCUGGUUUGAGGUUCCCUUUGCACCCGUUCAUUGUGGAAUUCCUCCGCCGGGUCUCAGUACUGCCAGCACAGUUCGUGCCUAGCACUUAUAGGAUCCUGAACGGUUUUAUCGUCUGGUGCCAUGAGUUGGGGAUUGCCCCUAGCGCCGACCUCUUUUUGCACUGCUACGGCGUCCAGCCCUAUUGGACCACCGGGGUACCUGCGGCUUGUCGCCCGCCCUGGCCGUUCGCUCUUCACUGACAACCCCACCCCGCCGGAGAAAUGGGAGGAACGAUUUUUGUUCGUUCAUGUGGGGUCGCCGCUUCCGUUCCCUGAUCGGUGGAACACCUACCCCGUUCAGGAUGCCUCCCCCAAGGUGGACGCAGCUAUUGUCUGUCAGUACGAAAGGCUCCGUCUGGCCGGUUCCAAGAACCUACGGUCCUUCUUGACUCCUGCUAAGAUGCUAGCUGCUGGCAUUGGUGUGAUUCCCCCUGUCUCCAUAAAGCGUCCUGCUCCUACUCCUUCCUCCACCGCCAUAGCCAGCAAGGGAAAGGAGAAGGCUAUUCAGUCAGGUUCUUUCUCCGGCCGGGAAUCUGGGCCAGUAAACAAGCGGCCGAGAAUCGAAAGCAGCGGCGCCUUGGUCCCGAUCGAUCAGGUCAUUGACCUGACGGAUCCUUCUGUGGAAAGGAUGCCCAUGAUCCCCUCCCCUUCAAGGAAGCUGGGCAACAGGGGAGGCGCUGCUUCAGAUAGUCUCCCGAUCCCCGAUCGGUUGACGGUGGAGUUUUCCGCCAUGGGUCCCCGAGCCGAAUGCCGGACGCUGUUCGGGCAGACUGCAUCCUCCAUAUGGUGCAGCACUUCUUUGAAAGCUGGCGAGGGCUUUACCAACUUGACCCAUUGGUCUGAUUUGGUCGAAGCAGGCCAUGCUGAGUCCCUUAAGGUAUGCCUUUGACCGUUCAGUUCUUUCUUUUUAUAACAUUUUAAGAACUUGUUCUUACUGCUGUUUCUUUUUCCACAGGCCGGUACAUACUAUCACCGGGCCUUCCUAGCAGCUGAACGGGAGAUGACCCUUCUUCAUCAGGAGCUGGACGAGAGCCAAACCCUUUUGGCUGCUGCUAGGAAAAUGGCUGCAGAUCUCCAAGAUCGAGCCAACAAGGGUGACAAGGCCAGGGCUGAAUUGGCCGAACUGGAGCAGAGGCUCCAGCGUCGCGAUCGGGAGAUCCGGGCGCUGAAGGACAAGAUUGCUGCUGCCGAAGCUGCUGGUGUCAAGUUCAAAAAGACCCAGCCUAAAGAGGGCGGACAGCCAGCAGCACCCGUUCAGGCCGAUACUUCUAGAAUCACUCAGCAGGCAGUGAUUGAUUUCCAACGGGGUAAAGGUUUGAACGUAGCCCUGGAGGAGACUGCCCGGGAGUUCCUUGGAAAGCAUCUUGGGGAGUUCUUGAAGAAGAGUAAGGAUCCUCUUCGUGACGGCCUCCAGCUCCUGGAUGAGACCCCGUCCGGGACAGCCUUCGCCAAUGCCCUAGCAAGGGACACACUUGUUAAGUGCCAGGAUAUGUUAGUCGACCGGAAUCUGGAGGUGAUCAAGGAAUCAUUCGAUGAACCCUUCGACCCCAAGGAGGAAGGUUUCGACCCCUUAUUCUGCCGUGCUUAUCAACGGGUGAUGGAGAAGAGGCAGAAGGCUAAAGAUUCAGCCAAUCCCCCGAACCCCAACUCGGAUGCCGUGCCGAACAAGGAUCCUCCCGUAGCUUAGUUAUCUCUGUUGUAAUCUCCUUUUCUUCUUCUCCUGUAUAAUUCCCGGUCAGUAGUGCCGAAGAAUAAAGAUUGAUCCGUUUCCGAAUGACUUGCUUCCCGAACACUCACUUUUUUUUUUUUUUUUUUUUUCUUUUUCAACUCAGCCUCCUGAUUGAGAUGUAAGCUGUUCGACCCUUCCCUAACACCAAAGUUGAGGUGCAAGCUGUUCGAUUUAUUUCCGUCUGUUGUUCUUUGUUUCCUGAACGCGCAAGACAUAAUGUUCAACGCCUGCUGCGUCCCCGAGCACCAUGUUUCAGAUGCAUGCCGUCCGGUUUAUUACCGUCGACUGGUUGUUCCUUGAACGCGCAAGUCAUCAAUGUUAAAUGCUUGCUGCGCCUCCGAGCACCAUGUUUCAGAUGCAUGCCGUCCGGUUUUAUUACCGUCGACUGGUUGUUCCCUGAAGGAUAGAGUAACCUGUUCGGGUUAUCCUCCGCGGUAUUCCUUAUUCGCAAGGCAAUCACCUCUUGCUGCAAGACAAUUUCACAAUUCGUGUAGUGUCUGCCAUCUUCCAAGCCCAUAAUUUCGAUGCAUACCGUCGGUUUUACCGUCCGGGGUCAUCCAUAUCAUGAGGUUGAGAUGUCCAUCCUGGACCGUUGAGAAUAAGGCUCCCAAUUCGGGUCUCCCCCUUAUUCUCUGCCAAAAUGGAGACUCGCCUCCAGGAUACAGCUCGGGUUCCACCACCAUAAAGUUCAGACGAGCUGUAUGUCCCAGGCAAGAUUUUAAGACCAGAGUCCCGAUCCCCCGCUCGGUCACCCUAUGACUUCGGAUGCCGCCCGGUUCGUCCUACUCAAGAUCUUUUACACCAUCUCCCAAGCCGAGUCCGGGCUUGGUAUCCUGCACUCCUUUUUUUUUUUUUUUUUUUUUUUUUUUUUUGUGCUGAGAUGAUGGCUCCCCAUGGAUCGAGAUAAAUGAUAUCUAUAGAUCAAGGUGAGACUUUUGGCCGAGUUUGUGGUGAUGCCGUUUGUAACACCGCCCCCAAGUAAUUGUACUUUAUCAAAUUAUGUAUUGAACCCGAGGAAUGAAUAAACGCAUUUUACGUGAUUGUGAAUUUUUAUCAUUUCUUUUACGUGAAUAGUAAAAUUCACGUGGGGCCCACACCGGAAGUGGGGGCCGCUCGAUAUUAUCGGGACCACAUAUUAUAUUCAUUUGGGUCAAGAUAAUAUGUGUAUAAUGGUGGACAUCCUUGUUGGUCCAUAGAAAUUAUACGAGUAACCGUUUGGGCAUAUAAAGCCCAUUUAUCAGUACCGAAGUAAUAUCAGAUAAAAAGCCAUAACGAGUUAUGGAGACCACCAAGGUAAGAGUUGGGUAAUAUACAUUCAUUCUUAUAGCCAAUAAUAAGUGGAAGAGGGAGAGAUAUUUCAUUUUACCCGAUAAAACGAAAUAUAGUUAAAACAGUCCGGAAAAUACAACUUUCGGGGCCAAAUAUACAUUCCGGGUCACAAAAGGAUGACCACCCACAUAAGUGGGGGCCAACCCACGUCCUUGGCCUGAAAGAACUCAAGGUGAGCCGCACCUAAGAAUGAGGAAUGGGGGAGGAAAUGAUUUAAGGACAAUUUGAAAAGAAAAGGGGUCCCUCUCCCCCAUAUUAUUGAGGAAUAAGCCAAAGGAGACAUUUUCAAUCACCCCAGCCCAUCAAUCUCGUCCAGGCCAUUAUCCUUGAAGAGAGAAGGUCUGCAAAACCACCAUUUCCAUCCUUCAUUCACGCACAAAGCAAGGGGAAGAAGAAGGGAGGAAAAAGGGAGAAGAGGAAGAAGAAAAUUAGAAGGAAAAGCUUGUGGUUAACAAGGUAAUGACUUCACCCACCUCAUUUCUUCUCCUUAAUCAUAUUUCAUGCCCCUAGGAUCAUUCUACAUGUUAUAUGUGAAGAAUGAAGGGUUGGAAGGUUGAUUCAUAUCCAAAACGAACCUUGAGAACAAAGUUGACCGGUUCGUCGGGAAAUAACCUUUUAGAGGUUAUUUGUGUUGAUAUGGGUUUUAUGAUGAUAAAACCUUGUUGUUAACUUGUAUAAGGUGCUUCAAGAACUUUCACGGAGUUGAAAGGGUUGCCGGAGUUGUCGCCGGAGUUGGCUGAAGUUCACCGGAGUUCCACCGGAGCUCAAUAAGAAAGGCUAGGACUUCAUAAGCUUCUUUUAAGGUGAGAAGACGGCUAUAUGCUUUAUAACUUUUGAUUGAGGCAUGAGAUUACCUAAAAUAAUCAAGAACAUGUUUUAUGGAAUGAUUAAAGUUAAUCAAGUAUGGGCUUAUGCCAUGAUUAUAUAUAAAACAUAGUUGGAAAGGUAUGUUUUGGAUGUUUGGAGAUUAAAAAUGUUAUAACUUAAUAUGUACAAGGCUCCAGGGAUACAAAAUGGUAUUUUUGGAUCAAGGACGUCAAGGAGUACAUGCGUGUAAAAUUUCGCGUUAAUCGGACUUCGUUUGGGCGGUCAAACGGGCGUUGACCGCCGAGACAAAAGUGAUACCCGACCGGGUAUGGGUAUAUACCCGACCGGGUAAUGAUUAAAAAUGGCUCCAGAAGCCACUGCCUUACUAGACCCGACCGGGUCAGGGUAUGGACCCGACCGGGUCCCAAGUAAAAUCAGUUCCAGGGGCUUCUGCCCCGACCUACCCGACCGGGUGAGGUUGGAUACCCGACCGGGUAUUGGACUAGGCCCAAAACGGGCAGUUUUGAGCAGGUUAACGUGGGUCGUUCAAGUGGGACCCGCCCACGUUGGUUACUAGGGAUUAUUAUAUGACUAUAGGACUAGGUAUUGUCCAUAGUUAAGUGAAUGAAAGGUUAGCCAUAUCCAGGUUAGGGUUUGGUUAGAAAUAAGGUUGAGGUUGAGUAUCCUCGGGACGGUAAACGAUCCUAAAACUCGGUGAGGUUGAGUAUCCUCGGGACGGCAAACGAUCCUAAAACUCGGUGAGGUUGAGUAUCCUCAGGACGGUAAACAAUCCUAAAACUCGGUGAGGUUGAGUAUCCUCAGGACGGUAAACAAUCCUAAAACUCGGUGAGGUUGAGUAUCCUCAGGAUGGUAAACAAUCCUAAAACUCGGUUGAGGUUGAGUAUCCUCGGGACAGUAAAUGAUCCUAAAACUCGGUGGGGUUGAGCAUCCCCGGGACGGUAAACACUCCCGAAACUCGGUAGGAUAUUAUGAAGGUAGAAUGUAGCUCGUGAGCUAGGCAUUCGGGAUGAAAGGGGAAAGGUCGGGCAAGUACCUUAUCUCUAAAAGACUUUUUGUGUGGAAACGACCUAUGGGUCAAGUAUUUUACAAGUAUAUACAGUAUGUAUUAUCUUGGGAAUGGGGUAACAAUGGUUACACCUAUAUACAUAUGUAUCAUCCUAUUUUUGGGUCUCGUGUCUGAAACAUUAGUUAUUCCUCAUAUAGCCUGCUUGUCACUAGUACUUCUAUGGAGUACUGACCCCUUCGGGGGCCCUCACAUUUUUCAGGUUGAGGCUAGAGUCCUACUACCUGCACCUUUGCCUAGGGUGAUUGAUCAAGGAGGAAGACGUGGUUCGUGCUUCCAUUCUCAUUUGAAAUAAUGCAACUGCUCAUGGAUAUUUUUAACAAUGUUUUCUAUUAAAACAUUUGGGGGCCUGCGUGCCCGUAUUUGCCACGUGUGGCUAAGUAUCAAACAUAUCUUAUUUUCCGCAUUUGUUUGACUAAUAUAUAUUGAUGUUGAUUGUGUGGGUUUACUAAUCGGCUUGGCAAUAGAACUUAACGGACGCCUUGUAUGAUUUGAUAAGGAUGAACUAUGUUGUUCUUAUUGGGUUGUACGGCGGUUGUCUACGUGGCACGGACGCGGUCCGGGGCGUGACAAUUAAGUGGUAUCAGAGCCAUCGAUUUCUAAACUAUAUAAUUAACCUCUCAAUAUAGUACCAUCAAAAGUUUUGAACAAAACCAUGAGCAAAAGUUUUUGUACUUAAGGAACCGUUGGAAACCAAGUUAUUGACCUCUUAUCGUUAAGACGGUACCCUUAACAGUUUGUUGGCCAUAAUGUUGGACCAAGUGGUGUCUUUUGUACUAUUCCGUCAAUUGACAUUGAUACGAGUCUAACGACUCAUUCCAAAUUUCUUUCAGAAAUGGAGGGUAGACACAUGGCUACGAGGAACAACCCGAGAGGGCAAACUCAGGCGACGUCCGUAGGGGCCAGCCAGGUUGCAUCUCGGGGUGCGAGAGGCGGUAGGAGAGGCCGUGGAGGCCGUGGAGGCCGUGGAAGCCGUGGAGGUCAUCAGGCUCAAACCGUGAGCGAUGGCCAUGUUAGCUCGGUGCACGGGACUCACACCGAGGAUUAUGACUCUACUUAUGUUCCCGAGACGGAACAGGAGGAGACCCCAUACGAUGGGGGUGAUACGUAUACCGACGAUGACAACGAUGAGAGUGAUGCCAAGUUCGCCCAGAUGGGCGAAUUGUUUGAAUGGUAUCAAAAAGAGAAACUAAGGCGAGAUCUUAGGCGCCAGGCUAGGCGUGCCUCUCAGGGGGCUUCAGGUCACGGAAGCCGGGGAGCAUCAGUGGCUACACCUGUGGCGUCACAGGGAAUGCAUGGAGGAGGUUUUUGUGUAAGAAUCUCCAAAUACCUCAAGGAGGCUAGGGCCUUGGGGUGCAAGUCAUUUGAUGGCAAGGGUGAUAUAUCGGUAGCUGCCGACUGGAUCAAGAAGCUAAAUGAGGCUGCUAGGGAUAUGCAGAUCGGGCUUGAUAUAAAGCUGACAGUUGCUACCAGGUUACUGGAGGGAGUAGCCGCGGUAUGGUGGGAAGGCGUGGAAGGAAAGUUCCACGGUGAGACCACCUGGGAGAAAUUCGAAGUAGAAUUUUAUAAUCAAUACUACUCAGAGUUUGAGAAGAACCAAAAGAGGAAAGAGUACAUGACCUUGACACAGGAGGAGGGGUGCUCGGUAAGGCAAUUGGAACAGAGGUUCCGGGACUUGGCACGGUACAUACCCGAGUACGCCAUGGAUGAGAACCGUAUGGCUAAUCACUUCUGGGACACCCUACACUUGGAUAUCCGUGAUCGGGCUACCUACAAUCAUCACAUGACCUUUAGUGAGAUUGUGGAUCAGGGGCUACUUGGGGAAGCCAAGUGGAAUGAAAGGAAGAAGAGAGACGCCGAAGAGGCGAAGAAGAGAAGAUGGGGGAAUUCUGGACCCCAAGACCACUCUCGGAAACAUCACGCCGGGAAUGGAAGAUCAUUCAGGGCGCCAGAACCACCGGCAAAGAAGAGUAAGGGCCCAGGAGGGCAAGGGCAUAGCUCGGGGAGCGUGAGGCCACCAAGGUGUCCAAACUGUAACAGGAAUCACUCCGGGAAGUGCAAUGAACCACCCCGGUGCUACAAGUGUGGUAGCACAAGCCACCUCAAACUCUCUUGCCCAAUGUUGAGUGGAGGUGGGCCAUCGGGAGCUGUUGAGGCACCUACGUCUGGAAGGGGUCGUGCAGGACCAUCUCAGGGCGGCACGGGAAGGGGCGGACCUACGGCAAGCAAUGCCGCGUCCGUUAACCAAGGUAAGACCCAGGCACGAGUGUAUGCAAUGACCGAGGCGGAUGCGCGAGCAAACCCGGACUCUGUUGCAGGUAAUAUACUAAAAUGUUAUAUGUUUCUAGGCUUAUACUAAAGUUAUAAGUCCUAAGGGUCAAUUGCAAACUGACUUAGGGUCGAAUCGAGGGAAGUUCAACGAAACCAGGCUGAUACCCGACCGGGUAAGGCAGGUCACCCGACCGGGUAUACUGAGAUUUUGGCCUGGUAAACCCACUGGAACGAUUACCCGACCGGGUAUUGAAGGUUACCCGACCGGGCAGAAUGAAAAUUUUUACCCGCGAGCUUCUGGAACGGAUACCCGACCGGGUACAACAGGGUACCCGACCGGGUAUACCAAAUUUCCAUACCCGCUGGCUUCUGGAUUGGAUACCCGACCGGGUACAAAGGUGUACCCGACCGGGUAUUGCUGUAUAUUGUAAAUUACGGACUUUUUCGGGGCCUACAGUUCAAUUUAGGUAGGCAAGGUACCUUACAUGACUUAUAAUUGUAGGAACGUUAAAGAUUAAUGGAAGGGAUGCGAGGAUCCUUAUCGAUACGGGAGCACAACGUUCAUUCGUUAGUGAGGUGUUUGCCGUGGGGUUAGGCACACCUUUAAUACCAAUGAUGCAAACCCUUUUGGUAUCUACGCCUCUAGGGGAUGACGUUGAACGAAAUGACUAUUAUCCUUCAUGUGAUGUGGAGAUAGGGAAGCACUGUCUAAAGGGUGACUUCGUACCGUUAGCCAUGCUUGAGUUUGAUGCCAUACUUGGCAUGGACUGGCUUGAAAAGCACCAUGCAAGGGUAGAUUGCUACACUAAAGUGUUGGAACUCAAGGACGGUGAAGGAAAUACUGUAUGGUUCAAGGGAGAUAGAGGAAAAUUCAAUCCUUGCAUCAUAUCGACCAUAAGAGCAAGGCGUAUGAUGAGGAAGGGAUGUCAAGCUUACUUAGCCUAUGUCAUAGGCAAGGAAGGCAAGGGGAAGAGUAUCACGGAAGUGAAGGUGGUGAGCGAGUAUCCGGAGGUGUUCCCUGAAGAGCUACCGGGACUUCCACCUGAUCGGGAGAUUGAGUUUGAGAUCGAGGUUGAACCAGGCACCAAACCUAUCUCAAUUCCUCCGUAUCGAAUGGCACCGGCUGAACUUCAAGAGUUGAAAGUUCAAUUGGAAGAGCUACUAGAUAACGGAUUCAUUAGACCAAGUCAUUCACCAUGGGGAGCACCUGUACUCUUUGUAAAGAAGAAGGAUGGCACAAUGAGAAUGUGUAUCGACUACCGUCAAUUGAACAAGGUCACGGUAAAGAACAAAUACCCUUUGCCAAGGAUUGACGACUUGUUUGACCAAUUACGGGGGGCAACCGUAUUCUCCAAGAUCGACUUGAGGUCGGGCUACCAUCAACUGAAGAUCAAGGAAAGUGACAUACCCAAGAGUGCAUUCCGUACAAGGUAUGGUCACUAUGAGUUCCUAGUGAUGUCGUUCGGGCUUACAAAUGCCCCCGCGGCAUUCAUGGACCUCAUGAACCGAGUAUUUCAUCAAUACUUGGACCAAUUCGUCAUAGUGUUCAUUGAUGACAUUUUGAUAUACUCCAAGAACGAAGAAGAACACGAGAAACAUCUAAGGCUCGUACUUGGAACACUGCGGGAGAAGCAACUCUUUGCCAAAUUCUCCAAGUGUGAAUUUUGGCUUGGAGAGAUCGGUUUUCUCGGGCACGUGGUAUCAGGUUCGGGCAUUUCAGUUGAUAACUCGAAGAUUGAGGCAGUCACUAAUUGGGAGAGGCCCAAGAAUGUGAAGGAAAUAAGGAGUUUCCUUGGUUUGGCAGGGUAUUACCGCAAAUUCGUGGAGAAGUUCUCCGUAAUAGCAUCUCCACUCACGAAGCUCACCAAAAAGGGAGCUAAGUUUGUGUGGGAUGACAAGUGUGAGAAGGGGUUUCUUGAGCUAAAGAAACGGUUGACUGAAGCACCAGUACUUGCUCUACCCGUGCAAGGGUUGGGGUAUGACAUCUAUAGCGAUGCUAGCAUCCAGGGGCUUGGGUGCGUACUGAUGCAAUCGGGGAAGGUAAUUGCUUAUGCUUCUCGGCAACUGAGGAAGCAUGAAGUGAAUUACCCCACACAUGACCUUGAGCUAGGAGCUGUGGUGUUUGCGUUGAAGAUUUGGAGGCAUUACCUCUACGGUGAGGUGUGUCACAUUUAUACAGAUCACAAGAGUUUGAAGUACGUGUUCACUCAGAAAGAGUUGAACAUGAGGCAAAGAAGAUGGAUGGAGUUAAUCAAGGAUUACAACUUGAUUAUUGACUAUCAUCCAGGUAAGGCUAACGUGGUUGCUGAUGCUCUCAGUAGGAAAAGUUCAUCAGGGGUUUUACUCACAUGCUUACGAGCAUUGAGGGCACACGUGGAGGUAUCCACGAAUGGGGCCUUACUGGCCAGAUUUGAGGUGAGACCCACCUUAUUAGACGAAAUCAGAACGCGUCAGGGCAAUGACGAGGAAUUUCAGAAAAUCCGGGAACGGAUGCUGGUGGGACCCGUCGAGGGUUUCCGUGAGAGAGAAGAUGGACUCCUACUAUUCAAGGAGCGAGUGUGUGUGCCGUCAGAUGAGGAGCUCCGAAAAUCUAUUCUUGAGGAGGCUCACUCAUCUGCGUAUGCCAUGCACCCAGGUGGAACAAAGAUGUACCGGGACUUGAAAGAAAGUUACUGGUGGUCGGGGAUGAAGAGAGAGAUUGCUGAUUAUGUGAGUCGUUGCCUUACCUGUCAGCAGGUCAAGGCAGAGCACCAACACCCAGCAGGGUUAUUACAGCCACUUACCAUCCCAGAAUGGAAGUGGGAGCAUGUUACUAUGGACUUCGUGGUAGGUUUGCCACGGACGGUUAGGAACUUUGAUGCGGUAUGGGUGGUAGUUGAUAGGUUGACCAAGAGUGCCCAUUUUCUACCUAUCAACACUACUUAUACGCUUGAGCGACUGGCCAAGUUGUAUACUGACGAGAUCGUGAGACUGCAUGGGGUCCCGGUCACUAUAGUGUCGGAUAGAGACCCACGGUUCACAUCACGGUUUUGGCCUAAGUUCCAAGAAUCCAUGGGAACAAAGUUGAGGUUUAGCACGGCAUUCCAUCCUCAAACAGAUGGGCAAUCUGAACGAGUGAUUCAGAUUUUGGAGGACAUGUUGAGGGCAUGUGCCUUAGAGUUCCAAGGAAGUUGGGACAACCAGUUGGCUUUGGUGGAAUUUGCUUAUAACAACAGUUAUCAAGCAAGUAUAGGCAUGCCUCCAUACGAGGCAUUGUAUGGGAGGAAAUGUCGGACACCUUUGUGUUGGGAUGAGGUAGGCGAGGCUAAGCUUGAGGGCGUCGAGCUAGUCGAAAUCACCAAGGAGAAGGUGAGGAUUAUUCAGGGUAGACUCAAGGCUGCCCAAGAUCGGCAGAAGAGCUAUGCAGAUAAACGACGAAGGACGUUAGAGUUCGAGGUCGGCGAUGAGGUAUUUCUGAGGGUGUCACCUUGGAAAGGGAUCAUCAGGUUCCUCAGUCGGGGUAAGCUUAACCCACGCUACAUAGGCCCAUUCAAAAUCAUUGAAAGGAUUGGGGUUGUAGCGUACCGGCUUCAGUUAACUCCAGAAUUAGAAAAGAUUCAUAAUGUAUUUCAUGUUUCUAUGCUCAAGAAGUAUGUACGGGACCCGUCACAUAUUCUUGAGAAACCACCGGUAGAAAUCCGGGAAGACCUUCACUAUGCGGUGCAGCCGGUAAAGAUCAUGGACCGACAGGUAAAGAAGCUAAGGAGUAAAGAGGUACCGAUGGUGAAGGUGCUUUGGAAGAGUGAUCGUGUCGAGGAGCAAACUUGGGAAGUGGAGACCCUGAUGAGGGAACAGUAUCCAUUUCUGUUUGACUAGACACGUGGAUUUCGGGGACGAAAUCCCAAAUAAGGGGGGUAGAACUUGUAACACCGCCCCCAAGUAAUUGUACUUUAUCAAAUUAUGUAUUGAACCCGAGGAAUGAAUAAACGCAUUUUACGUGAUUGUGAAUUUUUAUCAUUUCUUUUACGUGAAUAGUAAAAUUCACGUGGGGCCCACACCGGAAGUGGGGGCCGCUCGAUAUUAUCGGGACCACAUAUUAUAUUCAUUUGGGUCAAGAUAAUAUGUGUAUAAUGGUGGACAUCCUUGUUGGUCCAUAGAAAUUAUACGAGUAACCGUUUGGGCAUAUAAAGCCCAUUUAUCAGUACCGAAGUAAUAUCAGAUAAAAAGCCAUAACGAGUUAUGGAGACCACCAAGGUAAGAGUUGGGUAAUAUACAUUCAUUCUUAUAGCCAAUAAUAAGUGGAAGAGGGAGAGAUAUUUCAUUUUACCCGAUAAAACGAAAUAUAGUUAAAACAGUCCGGAAAAUACAACUUUCGGGGCCAAAUAUACAUUCCGGGUCACAAAAGGAUGACCACCCACAUAAGUGGGGGCCAACCCACGUCCUUGGCCUGAAAGAACUCAAGGUGAGCCGCACCUAAGAAUGAGGAAUGGGGGAGGAAAUGAUUUAAGGACAAUUUGAAAAGAAAAGGGGUCCCUCUCCCCCAUAUUAUUGAGGAAUAAGCCAAAGGAGACAUUUUCAAUCACCCCAGCCCAUCAAUCUCGUCCAGGCCAUUAUCCUUGAAGAGAGAAGGUCUGCAAAACCACCAUUUCCAUCCUUCAUUCACGCACAAAGCAAGGGGAAGAAGAAGGGAGGAAAAAGGGAGAAGAGGAAGAAGAAAAUUAGAAGGAAAAGCUUGUGGUUAACAAGGUAAUGACUUCACCCACCUCAUUUCUUCUCCUUAAUCAUAUUUCAUGCCCCUAGGAUCAUUCUACAUGUUAUAUGUGAAGAAUGAAGGGUUGGAAGGUUGAUUCAUAUCCAAAACGAACCUUGAGAACAAAGUUGACCGGUUCGUCGGGAAAUAACCUUUUAGAGGUUAUUUGUGUUGAUAUGGGUUUUAUGAUGAUAAAACCUUGUUGUUAACUUGUAUAAGGUGCUUCAAGAACUUUCACGGAGUUGAAAGGGUUGCCGGAGUUGUCGCCGGAGUUGGCUGAAGUUCACCGGAGUUCCACCGGAGCUCAAUAAGAAAGGCUAGGACUUCAUAAGCUUCUUUUAAGGUGAGAAGACGGCUAUAUGCUUUAUAACUUUUGAUUGAGGCAUGAGAUUACCUAAAAUAAUCAAGAACAUGUUUUAUGGAAUGAUUAAAGUUAAUCAAGUAUGGGCUUAUGCCAUGAUUAUAUAUAAAACAUAGUUGGAAAGGUAUGUUUUGGAUGUUUGGAGAUUAAAAAUGUUAUAACUUAAUAUGUACAAGGCUCCAGGGAUACAAAAUGGUAUUUUUGGAUCAAGGACGUCAAGGAGUACAUGCGUGUAAAAUUUCGCGUUAAUCGGACUUCGUUUGGGCGGUCAAACGGGCGUUGACCGCCGAGACAAAAGUGAUACCCGACCGGGUAUGGGUAUAUACCCGACCGGGUAAUGAUUAAAAAUGGCUCCAGAAGCCACUGCCUUACUAGACCCGACCGGGUCAGGGUAUGGACCCGACCGGGGUCCCAAGUAAAAUCAGUUCCAGGGGCUUCUGCCCCGACCUACCCGACCGGGUGAGGUUGGAUACCCGACCGGGUAUUGGACUAGGCCCAAAACGGGCAGUUUUGAGCAGGUUAACGUGGGUCGUUCAAGUGGGACCCGCCCACGUUGGUUACUAGGGAUUAUUAUAUGACUAUAGGACUAGGUAUUGUCCAUAGUUAAGUGAAUGAAAGGUUAGCCAUAUCCAGGUUAGGGUUUGGUUAGAAAUAAGGUUGAGGUUGAGUAUCCUCGGGACGGUAAACGAUCCUAAAACUCGGUGAGGUUGAGUAUCCUCGGGACGGCAAACGAUCCUAAAACUCGGUGAGGUUGAGUAUCCUCAGGACGGUAAACAAUCCUAAAACUCGGUGAGGUUGAGUAUCCUCAGGACGGUAAACAAUCCUAAAACUCGGUGAGGUUGAGUAUCCUCAGGAUGGUAAACAAUCCUAAAACUCGGUUGAGGUUGAGUAUCCUCGGGACAGUAAAUGAUCCUAAAACUCGGUGGGGUUGAGCAUCCCCGGGACGGUAAACACUCCCGAAACUCGGUAGGAUAUUAUGAAGGUAGAAUGUAGCUCGUGAGCUAGGCAUUCGGGAUGAAAGGGGAAAGGUCGGGCAAGUACCUUAUCUCUAAAAGACUUUUUGUGUGGAAACGACCUAUGGGUCAAGUAUUUUACAAGUAUAUACAGUAUGUAUUAUCUUGGGAAUGGGGUAACAAUGGUUACACCUAUAUACAUAUGUAUCAUCCUAUUUUUGGGUCUCGUGUCUGAAACAUUAGUUAUUCCUCAUAUAGCCUGCUUGUCACUAGUACUUCUAUGGAGUACUGACCCCUUCGGGGGCCCUCACAUUUUUCAGGUUGAGGCUAGAGUCCUACUACCUGCACCUUUGCCUAGGGUGAUUGAUCAAGGAGGAAGACGUGGUUCGUGCUUCCAUUCUCAUUUGAAAUAAUGCAACUGCUCAUGGAUAUUUUUAACAAUGUUUUCUAUUAAAACAUUUGGGGGCCUGCGUGCCCGUAUUUGCCACGUGUGGCUAAGUAUCAAACAUAUCUUAUUUUCCGCAUUUGUUUGACUAAUAUAUAUUGAUGUUGAUUGUGUGGGUUUACUAAUCGGCUUGGCAAUAGAACUUAACGGACGCCUUGUAUGAUUUGAUAAGGAUGAACUAUGUUGUUCUUAUUGGGUUGUACGGCGGUUGUCUACGUGGCACGGACGCGGUCCGGG